CUUUUUCUUUUCUUUGUCAACACACACCCUCUCUCUUUCUACCUCUUUAUUCUCACCCGUUUUAUUUUCUCUCUCUCAUCCUCUUCUUCAACUUCUUCUUCUUCUAUGGUCUUGUUGCCACAACAAUGGCCGUGGAGCUCAUGACAGGCUACAACAGAAACCAAUCUUUCACUACCAAAGCAGAAGAAAAUGCUGUCCAAGAAGCAGCUUCUGGUUUAGAAAGUGUUGAAAAACUCAUAAAACUUCUCUCAGAAGCACGUCACAAAUACCAACCUUCUUCAUCUUCUUCCUCUUCCUUUUCACCUUCAAACCCUAACAACAAUAACAACAACCCUACUAUGGAUAUAGAAAGAGAUUGCAAAGCUGUUGCAGACAUAGCUGUUUCCAAGUUCAAACGUGUUAUUUCACUGCUUGAAAAAACUAGAACUGGUCAUGCUCGUUUCAGAAAAGCUCCUUUACCACAACCACAACCACCACCAUCACAAACCCUACAAUUUCAACCUUCUGAACCAAUGAUUUUCAACGCUACACCUUUGCAACAGAUUCCACCAACUGUUUCUACUACCCUUCACCGUCCUAUAAUCAAGAGAAAUGAUUCUUCAAAAACUCUUAAUUUUUCAUACUCUUCUGCUGGUAAUUCUUUCAUUUCUUCACUCACUGGCGACGACAACAACAAACAACCGUCGAUGUCGUCUCCGGCGGGUGCUUUUCAGAUUACAAAUCUGUCUCAUGUUUCAUCUGUUGGUAAGCCACCACUCUCUUCUUCUUCAUUGAAAAGGAAGUGUAGCUCUGAAACUUUGGGUUCUGGAAAGUGUGGUAGUUCUUCUAGCCGUUGUCAUUGUUCCAAAAAAAGUAGGAAAAUGAGAUUGAAGAGAGUUGUUCGGGUUCCUGCAAUUAGCUUGAAGAUGGCUGAUAUUCCACCAGAUGAUUAUUCUUGGAGAAAAUAUGGUCAGAAACCUAUUAAAGGUUCACCUCAUCCAAGGGGAUACUACAAGUGUAGCAGUGUGAGAGGGUGUCCAGCAAGAAAGCAUGUAGAGAGAGCUCUUGAUGAUGCUUCUAUGCUGGUAGUUACCUAUGAAGGAGAGCACAAUCACUCUCUUUCUGCAGCUGAUGCUAGCAAUCUCAUUUUAGAAUCAUCAUAGUCAAUGUUAGUACAUUUUCAAAAUGGUAGUAAAUUGUUGGUUGGUUAUGGUUUGUAGAAUUAAUGAUGUUUUACUCAAUGUUGAAGGAAAUUGGUAGUUGUUUAAUUUUAAAGUACAAUCCAUAAAAAAUAGUCAAGAUGGUGGAUUUGGUAAACGGAUUUGAAUCUUCAAAGUUAAAGAAAAGAAAGUGGGGUUUUAUUUCUUUUUUUCCAA